ACUAUGAUUUAUAAAUUGCGGUUCGGCUCUUGUAGUAGUCCCAAUCGCUAGGGUUUUGAUUUUGCUGGUCUAAGCCCUUCCUCCGCGUCGUCUUCUUUCCCAGCGAGCCUCUACUGCCCCCUAGGGUUCCGGCGAUCUCCGUCGCUAACGAGCUCCGACAAUGGCGCGGAACGAGGAGAAGGCGCAGUCGAUGCUGAACCGCUUCAUCGCCAUGAAGCAGGAGGAGAAGCGCAAGCCCAAGGAGCGGCGUCCCUACCUCGCCUCGGAGUGCCGCGACCUCGCGGAGGCCGAUCGUUGGCGAUCCGAGAUCCUCCGCGAGAUCGGCGCGAAGGUUGCAGAAAUCCAGAACGAGGGCCUCGGCGAGCACCGCCUCCACGACCUCAACGACGAGAUCAACAAGGUCCUCCGUGAGCGCGCCCACUGGGAGCGCCGCAUCGUCGAGCUCGGCGGCCCCAACUACGCCCGCGGCGCCCCCAGGAUGACCGACCUCGAGGGCAACAUCGUCGACGUCCCGAACCCUAGCGGCCGCGGCCCCGGAUACCGCUACUUUGGCGCCGCGAAGAAGCUCCCCAGCGUCCUCGAGCUCUUCGAGAAGCCCCCGGAGGAGAAAAGGCGCCGCACGCGCUACGACAUCUACAAGCGCAUCGACGCGAGCUACUACGGCUACCGCGAUGACGAGGACGGGGUCCUCGAGAGGCUUGAAGGCCCCGCGGAGGCGGAGAUGUGGGAGAAGGCCGUGGCAGAGUGGCGCCGCCUUGAGAGCAUUAGAAGGGAGGCCAUGAAGGCCGUGAAGAGCGGAGAGGUCGCCACUGCGGGGGCUCCAGAGCAGUGGCACGGCACCGCAGAGCGCAGCACGGAGGUGCUUUUCAAAGGGGAAGAGGAUGCUAGUGGAUGA